AAACUUGCGUAGUUAUUAAUAUUGAUGACUGUUUCCAGAGAUCAAAUCCUCGCAAUAUUGCCGGAGAUAGAAAAGAGCGCCUUAAAAUGGCUCGAGGAAAACGAAGCUAUUACGUCACUGGAGACGCGUUUGCGCGAGUGUCACCAACAGAUGGCGCUGGUGAAGGAGCUCGAGGCUUACGGAGCCUCGCUGCACCAGCACCCGCUGCACGGCAUCAGCCAGCAGUACUCCACCUACAAGCAGGCCAAGAACGCCGUCGAGGACUCCAUGAAAGCGCUAGUAAAGAUCCUCAAAGACUUCGACACGCAGAUAGAAGCGUACGUCGCGGCCCAUGAAGUCCUCAACGGACCACAACUGAUGGAGUGGAUCCAAGAGUUCUCUGGAGCCAAUGAACCCGAACCGACGUCUAUAUUCGAACAUAUAAAAGACUUUCUAACAAACGCUGGACAGAGCACAAUGAUAACCCAGUGCGAGCAAGCAGAGACGGAGCUGAACCAAUGCAUGCAGCAAACGGCAGCGCUGCUCAGAAACUGUCUCGACCUCCUGUCACAGUACGUGGCCGUGGCGCAGUACUACCCGCAGUCUCGCACGGAGUACUACCGCAUCGUGAUGUUCCGCAAGUGGCUGGCGGCCGCGCUGGACAGCCGGUCUCCCGACGUGUGCCGCGAGGUCGCCGCACAGGUCGCCGCGCUCGUCAACGCAGAUAACAACAACUCAAAUUCCAACACUGCACAGCAAAUUGUCGCGUACAAUUAUAGGCUCCAAGCGGUCUGCGCUGAGGCUAACGCUAAUCUAAACAAGGCGUAUGAGAGGAUGCAUCAGGAAGCCAGUCCGGAAGCUAUAGCGGUGGCGCAAGAGGCGUAUCGUGACGCCAAAGCGAAUAUAAGCAACUGGGUGCGAACGGAGGAACAUGCGGCGUCAGCCUUGGAGUGUGUGGUUAUUGGCAUGAUCUGCAACCUGAAUAGGCGAUACCUGAUGCUGGAGAAUGGUGCACAAAGCGCCGGCGAUUGCCUCGUGGAUCUCACGUCAAGAGAUGGGGAAUGGUUCUUAGAUGACAUGCUAGCGUUGUCCAACCAGGCAGUGGAACUCCUAUCAUUGCUUCCUCUCCAAUCAGCAUCAGCGGAAGACGCAGCCAUGCCGGCAGCUGUCGAAUGCGUGCGUAACGUCAACCUGCUAUUAGCUGAUCUAGUACAACUAAACUACAACUUCAGCACAAUAAUCUUGCCAGAGACGUUGAAGAAGGUCCACUCGGAGGACCCGUCGACGCUGCAGAUGAUGAGUGAGCUCAACGCGGUGAUUGUCAACACUCCGGUGCCGCUGAAUGAGCUGCUGCAGCAGCUUGAGAUGCGGAUGAGAUACCUCGUCAUGGAUAUGGAGUCGCCAGCGGACACCUCUCAACAAAUAGUAGCGGACCUCCGAGCUCGCUACGAAGCCCUUCUCUCCCCCACCCCCCCGGAGUCGGACAGCCAAUCAGCGGGCCGCAUGCUGCUCAUGGGGUUCAACGGCCUGUUCGCCGCGAUUGAACUGAGGGCCCGGGAACUGGCGGAUUAUCUUGCGGCGCCCAUACCGGCCGUUUGGAGGAAGAUCGAUCAUAUUAGUGACGCUUUGCAUAUGUCGGCGGCGCUACACAGCCCCGCUCUCCGCUCGGUGCUAGAAGACAUGUUCGUGACGCGCCGCAUCCAGGUGGUCGCGGAAGUGUUGUCCAUGGCCGCGCAGAUGGCCGCCUCGUUCAAGGGAAAAGGGCCGGUCGUGGUGUAUGAUGACGCGCAGAUGUGCAAGCCGGUUAAGAGGUUCACGGCGUGCUACGUAUCGCGCUCGCUGCUGGGCGCCGGGCCGCGCGCGCUGGCGGCCGUGCCCUGCGUGCUGCUGCGCCGCGCGCCGCUGGACCUCGCCGCCGAGGUGGGGCGCGAGGAGAUCGGAGCAUCCUGGAGCGUGUCCCUCGAAUCGCUCUGCGAGAAGGCCCGCCUCGCCUACCCACAUCCGCGCCUGCUGGACCGCGCGGCGUCGCUCGCGGGGGCCGUGGUGGCGGGGGCGGGGGGCGCGGGGGCGGGCGCGCGGGGCGCGGGGGCGGGGGCGCGGCGCGCGCCGGCGGCGGCCGCGGCGGCCAUGUGUGUCAGGGCCAGGGUGAAGGCGCAUCUGCAGUUGCAUAGUCAGGUACUAGGCGGCGGCCCGGACCUCAUCACCCAGUGCGUGCGCGCCUCGCGGGAGCUGCUCGCGGCCGCGCACAGACUCACCGCGGCGAAGGCCCGAGCGCUCUCGCUAGUUACUGCUGCUCAUCAGAGAGUGAAAUGGGGCGCAGGCGCCAACCCAGCCCUGAAAUCCACCGUCGAAGCUCUAGAGGUAUCCUGGCUAUCAGCUCGCUCGGCGGCCACGGCGCUGGCGGGGGCGGCGCGGGGCGCGGGGGCGGCGGGGGGCGCGCUGCCGGUCAAGUAUAAACAUGCUAGGACGGCCACGCAAGCGCUGGCGCAUUGGGAGAAGGCAUGCACGCUGGCCCAGAAGUACGCGUUGAACGUGAGCGCCGUGGAGGAGUCGCUCAUGGAGAUGCUGCACCCGGAGGGCAGCAUCGACGCGCACUGGGUAUCCAACGUAUCCUGCCUCCUCCGCGACAUGAUAUCCUCUCUCACCUCGUCUCUCGCCUCGGCGCAGACAUCCCGGGCCUCGCUCGCCGCCCCGCCCGUAGAGCUCGCCGCCGCAAGAGCCGCCCGGGCUAAUGUGCUGAAGGAUUGUAGUGGUCAUGUGGUUGUGUUGGCUGGGGAGGUGAGUGUUGUGAUUUGUGUCUAA